CAUGCGCAGUGGCGUCGUGUAGCGUUGGGUUGCUGGUUGAAUUGUAAACUUCAUAUUCUGACCCCAGCGGAAAGCGGGCAUCUGCUUCGGUUUUAUUAUCUUGGUCUUUUGACGCUUGUAGCAAGUUUUAAACAUGUCCUCCGUCCAUGCACCGCCUGUGCUGCUUCCAGUCGCCGACAAUGCUGUCAAGGGCAAAACUGUUACGGCUGGGUCGCGGAGAGCUGCUCUCGGGGAGAUCACAAACCGGCCUGCAGCCUCCCUCGUCGCCAAGGUUGGACGAAACAAGGCCUGUGGCGCUCAGAAAGCUAAAGUUCAGCCAAUGGCCCCACUCAAGGUUCAAGCCCCGACAGUUCCACUUCCAGAGAUAUCAGCUGAUGUUUCAAUGAAGGAGGAAGAGGAGCAAGAACUAUGCCAGGCUUUCUCCAACGCAAUGCUCCCAGUGCAGGAUGUUGAUGAAGAGGAUGGUAACAUGCCUCACCUCUGCUCAGAAUAUGUGAAAGACAUCUACGGAUAUCUGCGCCAGCUGGAGGUGCAGCAGGCUGUACGUGCAAAUUACAUGGAAGGUUACGAAAUUACGCAUCACAUGCGAGCGCUUCUCAUCGACUGGAUGGUCCAAGUUAGUUCCAGGUUCCAGCUGCUGCAGGAGACCUUGUAUGUCUCAGUCGCUGUCCUUGAUCGUUUUCUCCAGGUCCAGCCUGUUUCUCGUAGAAAGCUGCAGCUUGUCGGUGUGACUGCCAUGCUGGUGGCUUGCAAGUAUGAGGAGAUGUACGCUCCAGAGGUGGGAGACUUCGCCUACAUCACAGACAACGCGUUCACUAAGGCUCAGAUUUUGGAAAUGGAGAAACAGGUCCUGAAGACGCUCAACUUUCAGUUGGGGCGUCCUCUUCCUCUUCACUUCCUCAGGAGAGCUUCAAAAGUGUCGAAUGCAGACACGGCAAGACACACACUGGCCAAGUAUCUGAUGGAGUUGACUCUCAUUGACUACGACAUGGUGCACUAUCAUCCCUCAGAGAUCGCUGCUGCGUCUCUGUGCCUUGCUCAGCUGCUCCUGAAUGAUCUGCAUUGGUCAACCACACAGCAACACUACUCCACGUAUGACGAGGCCCACCUGGAGCCCAUCAUGCAGCACAUCGCCAAAAAUGUAGAGGUUUUGAACGAGGGGAAAACCAAGUUUCAAGCAGUCAAGAACAAGUACUCCAGCAGUAAACUGAUGAAGAUAAGUCUGAUUCCUCAGCUCAAGUCCUCAACAAUCAGCAACAUGGCAGCUGCUCUCCGUGCUCCUUGACUUCUUGGCUGCUUUUGACUCUCACUUGCACUUUAUUUUAAGUCCCACUUUCUUUUAAUAAAUGUUUUUAUGAAUCUUA